UCCCAGUGGAGGCUGUUCUAUGUAUAUCCUGAAAGAAUACCUAACUACCAGCAGCAAUUCUGCAGAGACCUUGUAAAAUCAAUUUUACACCAAACAACUGAGUGAGUCUGAGUUGGCUGGGGGAAUCUUAGUUGUAGAUAUCAAUUCGCACUCUUGAAGAUUCAACUAUUGCUACUGAGAGCUGCUGCUGAUACCAUGUCUAAGAACUCCGAGUUCAUCAAUCUGUCAUUUUUAUUAGAUCAUGAGAAGGAAAUGAUCCUGGGAGUCCUAAAGAGAGAUGAAUAUUUGAAAAAAGUGGAGGACAAGAGAAUAAGGAAGCUGAAAAAUGAACUCUUAGAAGCAAAACGUAGAAGUGGGAAAACUCAACAAGAGACCAGCAGAGUUUGUGUUCAUUGUCAGAAAAACCUGGGCCUAAUCUUUGACCGAGGAGAUCCUUGUCAGGCUUGCUCACUGAGGGUGUGCAGAGAGUGUCGAGUUGCAGGCCCAGAUGGCAGCUGGAAGUGCACUGUCUGUGCCAAAAUCGCGCAGCUAAGGAUUAUAACUGGUGAGUGGUUUUUUGAAGAAAAGGCAAAACGUUUCAAGCAAGUCAAUGUUCUUGGCACUGAUGUUGUCCGACAGUCCAUUUUAAGAAGAAGUCCAGGAGCUGAAGAUCUACGGAGCCAAGAGCAAACCCGCCAGGAUGCAGAAAAGUCAGACACUUCACCUGCUGCUGGGCAGAAGGCUAGCCAUGAUGGGCCCAAGAGAAAGGGAUUUCUUCUUAGCAAGUUCAGAUCAGCAACCAGAGGAGAAAUCGUAACUCCCAAAACUGAAAGUGGGCGGAGCUAUAGCUUGGACUUAGAUGGUCAACGUUUUUGGAGUUUAAAGUCAGCCUCUGGUUCAGACAGGGGAGGCACUGGCUCAUCAGAUCUCAAUGACCAGGAAGCUGGUCCUAGGACCCCAAAGAGCAGUCGGAGCAAUGGUGUGACCCCAGUCACUCAGAGGUCAACAGCUCCAAGCACACGAAGUGUGACUUCAGUCAUCAGUAAAUAUGGUUUCGAAAAUCCCAUGGGUUUGGCUGCUAUUGGAAGCACCUCUCAGGAGUUCACAAAGAAUCACCACAGAAACACUUCUGGCACACCUUCCAUAGCAGUGUCUGGAACCUCUCUCUCCUCAGAUCGGAGUCGAUCUGAGUUAGAUUUGAGUGAGUCCUUUACAGAAGACUUAGAGGAUACCGGAAGCAUAAGAAGCAAGUCUGUCCCUGGGGCUUUAGACAAGGACUCCUUGGAAGAGACUGAAGAAAGCAUUGAUGCUUUAGUGUCCUCGCAGUUAUCUACAAAUACUCACAGUCUGGCAAGUGGCCUAUCAACUAAUUCUCAAGCAGGUUCUGACAGGAAGUGGACCUACCUAAAUGUGCCUGAUGCUGAUUCAGACACUACCAGCCUUAACAGCAUGAUGAGUGUUUACAGUGAAACAGGAGACUAUGGCAAUGUGAAAGUCAGUGGUGAAAUCCUUCUCCGUAUCAGCUACUGCUACAAAACUGGUGGGCUAUACAUUUUUGUCAAGAAUUGCAGAAAUCUGGCCAUAGGAGAUGAAAAGAAACAGAGGACAGAUGCUUAUGUCAAGUCAUACCUUCUUCCUGACAAGUCCCGGAACAACAAGCGUAAGACCAAAAUCAAAACAGGCACUAAUCCAGAAUUCAAUGAAACACUAAAGUACACCAUCAGCCAUACCCAGCUGGAAACAAGAACUCUGCAGCUCUCUGUAUGGCACUAUGAUCGAUUUGGACGUAAUAACUUCCUUGGUGAAGUAGAGAUUCCUUUUGACUCAUGGAACUUUGAAAAUCCAACUGAUGAGUGGUUUGUGCUUCAGCCCAAGGUGGAGUUUGCUCCUGAUAUUGGCCUUCAAUACAAAGGAGAGUUGACAGUUGUUUUACGUUACAUUCCCCCAGAGGAGAACCUGAUGCUUCCACCAGAACAACUACAAGGAAAGAAGACUUUUAAAAAGGGAAAGAAAAAGGAGUCACUUGUAAUCUCUGGAGGAAUACUAGAAGUGUUCAUCAAAGAGGCAAAGAAUUUGACAGCAGUGAAGUCAGGAGACACUUCUGAUACCUUUGUGAAGGGCUACCUGCUCCCUGAUGAUAGCAAAGCCACCAAACACAAAACUCUGGUAAUAAAAAAGAGUGUUAACCCUCAGUGGAAUCACACAUUCAUGUUCAGUGGCCUCCAUCCCCAGGAUAUAAAGAAUGUUUGCCUAGAACUUACCGUCUGGGACAAGGAGGCCUUUUCCAGCAACAUCUUUCUGGGAGGAGUUCGUUUGAAUUCUGGAAGUGGUGUGAGCCAUGGGAAGAACGUGGAUUGGAUGGACUCUCAGGGGGAAGAGCAGCGCCUUUGGCAGAACAUGGCCAAUAACCCUGGAACUCCCUUUGAGGGUGUACUCAUGCUUCGUUCCAGCAUGGGAAAGUGUAGGCUCUAAAGGGACCAAUUAUCCAAGAAUGAGGUCACCAGGGACUAUCUGGUUGUCAUUUCCUACCAGUAGCAAAUUGAGGUCUGAGAUUCUGCUUCUCUGCCAUUUCUCACCUGACAGUAUUGGGACAUGAGGAGAGA